AGUAGUGACACCCCCAUCACCAGGUGGGUCGCCUUCAUUAUAGUGGCUAUGCUCUUCUCCUACCAACACAAUUCCCUCUGUGUUAAGAACCGCUUCCGAGUCACUAAUAUUGCCUCGCAUAGACACUGUAAGUAAUUAAUACACGUAAGAAGUGAGAGCGCGUGUGGAAUCACUUUGGCAGGGUCCGUCUAUCAAGAAAUUACUUCUUCCUGAUGAGCGGUCAAUGUCUGACAUGAGGCUUCCUCCGAUCGAAUCCAUCGAUCCAACUAUUCAUGUGCCCUGGCUGCUAGAUGCAGCUGAAGAAAGACGCAAGUUAUCGGAGGACGUCGUCGUGGAAUCCAACGCAGUCUCUAUGGCUUCGCUAGUUUCGUGCAGUACCCACACGGGUCGCGUGGAUGUUCAAGAUAGAGCAGGCGGGGCGAAUGUCGCGGGCUACCGUCUUUCUACAGGAGAAUCCGCCAUGAAUUCCAUUUCCUCAGGAGGUCUGCAUCUCUGGAAUGGAAAUACGAAUGAGGUGGACAUUCGUUCGGGGCAAAGCCCACCACUGGUAGGUCGUGCAAGGAGGCUAUUACAUUAUGUUCAAAACCUGGGAUUUCUAGCCUGCUGUAGUUCGCGUACCAGGAAACAUGCCCCCCAAAAUGCCAGCCCAACCUCUGUCCGAGAAGCAGCAGAACAGUGUUGAUCUGACCUUAGUUUCCACCUUCAGGAGAAUUCGGCGACUAUUGGUUCCGGGUGAGGACAAGCUACCUCUCACACAGAAGGCCAUUUGCAUCGCGCCU